UUGAACACUUGUAGGGAGAUUGAGGGAAAGUAUAUAGAUUAUGUUUCUACCAUAGGAAAGAAGGAGUUGAUACCAAUUGGACCACUUAUUCGCGAGGCGAUCAUAGGUGAGGAGGAGGAUUGGGGGACAAUUCAAUCAUGGCUAGACAAGAAGGAUCAACUAUCAUGUGUUUAUGUAUCAUUUGGAAGUGAAAGCUUCUUGUCAAAGCAAGAAAUUGAAGAGAUAGCAAAAGGGCUAGAGCUAAGCAAAGUUAAUUUUAUUUGGACAAUCAAAUUUCCAAAAGGGAUGAAAACAACAAUAGAAGAAAUAGUUCCACAAGGUUUUCUUGAAAGUACAAAGGGAAAAGGGAUGGUUAUUGAAGGAUGGGCACCACAAAGUCUAAUUUUGAACCAUUCAAGCAUUGGAGGUUUUAUAACUCAUUGCGGAUGGAACUCGAUUUUAGAAAGCAUGAGUUUUGGCAUACCAAUAAUAGCCAUGCCUAUUAAUCAUGAUCAACCAUUGAAUUCUAGAUUAGUGGAGGAACUUGGCAUAGGGGUGGAGAUUUUGAGGGGUGAAAAUGGGAAAAUAAUGAAAGAAGAGGUGGCAAAAGGAAUAAGGAAGGUGGUAGAGGAGAAGACUAGGAAACAAGUAUGUUUGAAGGCAAUUCAAUUGAGUGAGAAGAUAAAAUUGAAAGGGGAGAAAGCUAUUGAUGAAGGGGUUAAAAAGUUGUUGAAGCUAUUAUGUUGAUUUAUAAGAGAAUGAUGAUGAUGAAUUGGAUUGAAUUUAGACACCACAAGUAUUUAGAUAUUAAUAAAGAUUGAAAUAAGAUCAUAUUGUCUUAUAUGAUAUGAUGUAAUCUAGAGAUAGGUUUCUUAAAAUCAUAUUGUCUUAUAUGAGUUCAAACUUUAGUUGAACUCUCUUCCUUGCUGCAAUAUUGUGUAUUUAGAGAGGAUUAUACCUCUUUAUCGAAACACCGAAAAAUAUAUA